CAAUCGCGCCUUAACUCAUGGAAGGAAACCCGGAUGAGAGAGGGUGUUUGGUGGAGGUUUUUGGGAUUCCGAAAGCAUGUGCCGACGGUGUGGGGCAAUUUGAGACACGCGGUGGGACGAACAACUGCAGGAUUCAUCACUCCGAGCAUUGGGGAGUGUGCGUCCCUGGUUUGUGAGUAGAGAUCCUGGAUCGAUGGUGUCAUCUACCACAUAGAAUAAAUAGGUAGGGGCCUGCUGCUCUUUCUUUACCUUUACUUCUUACCCCUCCCGGCUCUCAAUUGAUGUCUCGUCUACUCAAUUUAAAUCGACAACCUCAGUACAACUCGAAUUGACUCCACCCAUACCAUGUCUAUCAAGGCAGUUUUUGGAGGUGCGUCCUUCAACCCGGCAGGCGCGUUCAACAACGAACAGGCCGUCAAGGAAGCAUUUCAAGUGCUCCAAAAGGAGGGUGUCACAACGCUAGACACAGCUCGCCUGUACUCCGGCUCUGAGGAAACAAUCGGUCGCACACCCGGACACGAAGACUUCAUUGUUGACACCAAAAUUCUAGGCGGUUUCGGGCCUGGGUCAGCAAGCAAAGAUGCCAUCAUCAGGGACGCGCAGGACUCAUUGAACCGGUGCCAGAUUAAGCAAUUCGACAUCUUGUACCUUCACGCCCCGGAUAAGUCUGUGCCGAUUGAAGAGACUCUGGAAGGCCUCAAUGAAGUCUACAAGAAAGGCAUCUUCAAGAGAUUUGGCGUGUCCAACUUCUCGGCAGAGCAGGUGCAGGAGGCGUACGACGUGGCGAAGAGCAAGGGAUACCCGCUUCCAACGGUAUACCAGGGCAACUACUCGCCUGUCGCAAGGAAGGCGGAAUCUCUUCUCUUCCCGACGCUUCGCAAACUCGGCAUCGUUUUCUACGCAUACUCACCCCUCGCUGGGGGCUUGCUCACCAAGACGAAAGAGUCGAUGGCAGCAGGAGCGGGCCGCUUCAAUGAAAAGGCUGUAGGUGGCUUGUACAACAAGCUCUACAACAAACCGGCGUACAUCGAGGCACUUUCUGAGUGGAAUGACAUUGCGGAGAAAGAGGGAGUUCCGAAGGCGGAGUUGGCAUAUCGAUGGGUUGGGUAUCACUCUGCGCUGAAGGCAGAUCUGGGUGAUGCGGUAAUCUUUGGGGCGAGCAGCCUGAAGCAGAUCGAGCAGACGGCACAGGGCUUGAAGAAGGGACCGCUGAGCGAUGAGGCGGUGGAGAGGAUCCAGCAUGUUUGGAAGACAGUGGAGAGUGUGGCUCCGCUGGACAAUUGGGAGGUUGCUGGCGGAGCGUAAGGGCAAUUACCGGCUGCAUCACAAUUGACUGUAUAUUUACUCAUGGAUAUAAUGAACCGAAGGAUGAGAA